CUUUUACGGAUGUUCAAUCGCGCAAAAUCGCGUUAGGUUCGCUUCAGGUGAAAAAUAAAUAGAAUAGUAUCAAUACCCAGUCGCCUUCUUUGGACUUCUUAAGGCGGCAUCUAAAAUGUUUCCAACACAUUUAAGUGUUACUGGAAUCUGUGACAUACCGGUUCCACGACUUCCGCUAGAAUUCAGCAAGACUCUUCUAACGCCCAGGCCCCUACGCCAACCGCUGCCAGCACAUACACCGUCCGCUCACGCCAGGCCAACGCAUACGCACUCCGCAUUUCCUUUCCAUCCAGCAAAUCGCGGUUACCAAGCACUUCCGGUUUUAUCAAUUCCUCCGCCAGCAAGUGUCGCACCUGGUGUUGCCAUACCGACGCCAAUUCUCCCAUACCCUGGGUUCCCGAUUCCUCCGUUCGCUGUAGGCUCGCCCGCACACGACAUACAUCAGCUUAACAUUUUACAGUCGUUCAAUCGGGCGCAACAGGUCGGGCCUUCGGAGCAGCAUAAAGUCAAAACUCCGAUAAACAGGAACUAUUUGGAACUAGCAAUGUUGGUAUGCAAUACGUUCCGUGGGAAACUAUUCCCUUGUCCACAUUGUCGCUACGUAACGGACAGACGUAAUAACCUGAAGCGUCACAUAUCUACAAUGCAUCAGACGUGCGACAAACAGCUCGAGUGUUGUGGCGUCAGCUUUAGCACCAAAGCUUCUUUACGCGAGCAUAUAAUGAUAUUUCACCACAACGGAUAUUCUUGCCCAUAUUGCGGGAGACGAUUCUGUCGCAAAGCGUUGCUAAAACGUCAUUUGUCGGUGCAUAGCGGACAAAAGGACUACACUUGCCCCAGUUGCGAUUAUGCGACGAGUCAUAAAAGCAAUCUGGAAAGACACAAACGCAUACAUGAACGCCUGAAGCUAGGCGAGGACGGAAGCUUGUUUGAAUGUGGAGAUUUCACAAGCCACCAUAAAUCUCACAGCCCCGACACGACCGAUAACUCUUGUCUAGGAAACGGCAACAAGGGCAGUAACUUUGUCGAACUCGAUUCAGCGGACGAGAGCUCUGAUGUAGAUGUUGAGGAGAGCAUGAAUGAGGAAAAUGUACUUACGAAUUAUCCAGUUUUCUGUCCGCCAUUAAACCUUCGCCGCGAAACAGUCACCUCGAGUGAGGAGACUGGUGUCGACAGACGUUUACAUCAAGACGUUGAGGAUACAAACGUACCGUCGUUUGAACAUUUUAAAACGUUCAAUUCAGAAGCUCUACCAGCGAAGGCAAGUUCAAGUGAUGAAGAAAAGGACUUUCACAACAUUUAUAAGAUUCCCCAGCAAUUAGCUUUGGACUUUUCAAAGCAAUCGGCAAGACAAAGUUCUCAUAUUUGAGGAAUACGUUUGGUUUCUUAUGUAAAGACGCAGAUAUCUAGUCAACCCUUGUGUGUGUGUGUGUGUGCGUGCGUGCGUGUGUGUGCGUGCGUGCGUGCGUGCGUGCGUGCGUGUGUGUGUCUCCACUACCGUUUUCUUAAUACAAAUUACUCGGAUAGUAUUUUAUAUUUAUAUUGUUUAAAAGUAUGUUUAUAUUGUUUAUGCAUUAUAAAUGCAUAAUUAUUAUUACAUACCCAUACAUAUACAUAUAUGUAUGUAUAUAAUUACUUUAUUUCACUGUGAUGAGAUUGUGAACAAGGUAUACCAUUUAAGAAUCAUCAUUUUGUUACUAUAUGUUACAUUUAUAUGUAUUGUCACAAUUGAAAAUUGG